UAAUCUCUUAAUUAUUAUGAACUUCGUAUCUACACUAUUUCUCAUUUCGUUAAUUUAUCUCGCCGUAUUCGGUGUCCCCUUCCGUUUGGUUAUACAUGCGUCAAACUAGCACAUCCUGUACGUCAAACAUUUUUUUUCGUACAAUUUACAACUUAUCCUAUAUUCGAUACACGUGUUACAAUAAAUAUUACACAAUGUCUCGUUAUAUCUUUAUUAAUAUAUUUAUGUACAAAAGGAUCGGUGCUCCACAAUGUACUAUGAUGAUGACAGCACUGACAGUAGGUCUGUUCUUUUUAUGUGCUUUUUGUACAAGAGCUGUUCUUUUUUUUCGUUCCACUGCAAUACUGGUGCAAUAAGUUGGGUUAUGACAAAUGCAGCGAAAAGAAAGAAGCCAAUAACCAUCAUGGGUUGGAUAGAAAAGGAGGAAAGAUUAGCGGUGUGAAGAAUAGCGAAAAGUUCGAAAGAAACACGGAUAUAUCGCGGAUUUCAGUAGUUCGUGCGUAGUAAUGCAUAACGCGUAAUAACUAGCACACUUGAGUCAUAACUGGUCCAUAACCAUCAUCUUAACGUUGGCCGCACACACGCUGCUGUCUGUCGUCGGAGAUAAAUAUUGACGUGUUGACCAAAGUAAAUCCGAAAAAGAUAGGAGAAAGACGGAGAGACGAUCCGAAUGGAUUCGAAGCGCUCUGCCCUUUUAGCAUUUUGACUCGCGGGAGAAGAAUUCGAGAGAGAAUGUGCGCGACCUGAUGUUCUAUGAUGAGUCAAUGUUUACCUAAAAUGUAUAUAUAUUAGUUUCAACAUCUACUAGAUCCUCCUAAUUAGAGCAAAUGACUGACUCCAAAGUAAAUCUAGAUUUGUUUACUGCUGCUAAACAACUAGCAGACAGUGAGAUUGAGCUGAUAAAAGUGAUUGAGAAUUCCAGCAAGAGUCAAACAACUGCUACAAACAUGCUCACUGCAAAUACAAAGAAAACAAAAAAAUCUGGAAAGUCAAAAAAUGCUCGUCCAUCGGCUGCGCUGUUAGCUGCCAAGCAAGAGGCAGCAAAACGACAGCUACUGUCAGACAAAAAGUCCAACAGCAGCUUCAUACCAGACAUAUAUCAACGAGUAAUUGACGCAUAUAAAAUGACGAGGAAGGAGACUGGUCUCGUGUUCGAUCGAAGCAUGGCCGAGCACGAGUGUCUCUGGGAUCCAAAUUAUCCUGAGUGCCCAGCUAGAUUCACGCGAGUUUUGCAGAGAUGCGAGGAGCUGGGCCUGGUGCAGCGAUGUAAGUACGUCGAACCGAGACGUGCCACAGAGAGCGAGCUCUUGAGUAAGCAUAGUCAGAAACAGAUUGAUAUCCUAAAGGCGACAGACAGCUGUACGGAUACUGAAAACUUGGAGCUGGUGUCGUCCAAGUACGACUGUGUCUACAUCCAUCCGUCUACGUAUAGAUUGUCUUUACUAGCUGUGGGCUCAACGAUUAAUUUGGUAGAGAGUGUCUGUAAAGGCGAAAUACAAAAUGGCAUGGCUAUUAUUAGACCACCUGGUCAUCAUGCAAUGAAAUCAGAAUACUGUGGUUAUUGCUUUUUCAAUAACGUAGCUCUAGCAGCGGAGAAAGCUUUAAGUUCUGGUUUGGCGAAUAAGAUUUUAAUUGUAGAUUGGGAUGUUCAUCACGGGCAAGCGACACAACAAAUGUUUUACAGUGACCCACGUGUAGUUUACUUUUCAAUACAUCGUUAUGAGCAUGGUGAAUUCUGGCCUAAUUUGAGGGAAUCUAACUUUCAUUAUGUUGGGGAAGACCUUGGUGAGGGUUACAACUUCAACGUACCUUUAAAUAAAACCGGCAUGACUAAUGCUGACUAUAUUGCGAUCUUCCAGCAAGUUUUAUUGCCAAUGGCUUACGAAUUUCAACCGGAUUUAAUAAUAGUAUCGGCGGGUUACGACGCGGCUCUGGGUUGUCCAGAGGGUGAAAUGUUGAUAACACCAGCAUGUUACUCACAUUUACUAUCGUCAUUAUUAAGUCUGGCAAAUGGGAAAGUCGCCGUUAUUUUAGAAGGUGGUUAUUGCCUGAAAUCAUUGGCAGAAGGUGCAGCAUUGACUUUAAGAGCUUUAUUAGGUGAUCCAUGUCCGCUUUUACAAACACUUGAUUUACCAUCGUCAAGUAUACGCGAUACUAUUCUGAAUGUAAUUUACGCACAUAAACCAUACUGGAAAUGUUAUCAAUACCAAGACACGCACAGCAUCAAUAGUGUAACACACAAUAAAGAGGAGCUUGCUAAUCGACAUGUAGUCACUGUUAUGUACAAAGGUAGCGAAGUUAAACCGGACAAGUAUGACACGCGAAAUUGUUACCCCGUACAAAGCAAAGAAACAUUAGAGACUGUGGAUAAGAAAUUGAAUCAACUGAUACAACUAACGAGCUUACGUAAAGCACCUCAUAAAGUGUGUAUCGUCUACGAUGAGACAAUGCAAAAGCACUGUAACGUUUUUGAUAAUACUCAUCCGGAGAAGCCAAGUCGCAUUUCCAACAUUUACAAGAACCACGAAGAACACGGCGUGUUACAACGAUGCCACUUGUUACAAGGAAGGAGCGCGACGAUAGAAGAAUUGUCCUUGGUCCAUUCGAAGGACUACAUUGACGACAUCAAAAGCACGUCGUCUUUGAAACUCAAGGAAUUGCAGAAGCAAGCGUCGGACUACAAUUCCGUUUAUCUUCACACUGAAACGUGGUUGAGUGCCUGUGUGUCCGCUGGUUCCCUGCUGCAAGUGGUGGACGCAGUUUUAAAUGGCGAGUGCCAAUCCGGAGUAGCGAUCGUGAGGCCGCCCGGGCACCACGCCGAAAAGGAUAUUGCGUGUGGUUUUUGUAUAUUUAAUAACAUUGCUGUGGCCGCGAUGUACGCCGUACAGUUUCAUCACGUAAAAAGAGUAUUAAUAGUAGAUUGGGACGUGCACCAUGGAAACGGCACCCAAUCUAUUUUCGAGGAAGAUCCGAGGAUUCUCUACAUUUCGGUUCAUCGCUACGAUAACGGGAGCUUCUUUCCGAAUUCCAAGCUCGCUAAUUAUACGAACGUUGGCUUAAACGCAGGCGAGGGAUUUAACGUGAACAUACCGUGGAACAAGAAGGGAAUGGGAAAUUCCGAAUACAUAGCGGCCUUCCAACAAGUCGUUAUGCCCAUCGCUUAUCAAUUUAAUCCAGAAUUAGUUCUGGUUUCGGCCGGAUUCGACGCCUGCAUUGGUGACACGCUCGGAGGUUGUCUCGUAAGUCCGGAACUCUAUGGUCAUUUGACCCAUUGGCUCUCGUCCCUGGCCAAUGGCCGUAUAAUCCUGAGUCUUGAAGGAGGUUACAAUAUCAAUUCCAUCUCCCAUGCCAUGACGAUGUGCACCAAGGCCCUGUUGGGCGACCCUCUGCCGAUGCUUGAUUCCGGUCUUAUUCCUUGCACCAGCGCGAUCAAUUCUAUCAAUAACGUACUAAAGACUCACAAGAAGUUCUGGUCCAAUCUGCAAUAUGGAAUGUCCUUACCAAAAGAGAGGCUACUUCCCAAACUCAAGACGAUUCCUAAUAAACUUGAGGAACAAGGAAAAAACGUGGAUAAACCGAAACAAAUGGAACCAAAGAUAGCCUUGGAGGAAAUCGAAAGCGAGAAACUCGAGCUAAACCUGGCGAUCGACAAAAACCGCUUGAAUCUAGUGACAGACGAAGAAAUCUCGAAGCUAACCUGCGAAGUAGAGAAUAUUAAGAUAAAAAAUUUUGAAUUGCAUGCGACGAAAGGUGAAGCGGUCGAGGCAAGGAAUUCCGAACUGGAGCAGAGCGAAGUGAAAAAUCUGGAUGUUUCGCAAAGUAUACAAAAAUGCGUGAAUGAGACGAACCAACCAACAGGCAGCCAGCAAGAAAAUUCUAACAUACACGAGGAACGCGAUAACGAGGGUGCAGCGUCUUCACAACGUGAGACGCAAACCACAACACUCUCGGAGUAUCUUUCUGACAAUCUUCAGGCUCUGACAGCAGGAGAAAUGUUCGCAAUUGUGCCCUUGCAGGACUGUCCGCAUUUGUUUACAGUCAAUGAGGUUCCUGCUGGUGGGAUUGAUGUGACUGCACCGUGUGUCGAAUGUGCCAGCACCGCGGAGAAUUGGAUCUGCUUACAGUGUUACACCGUGCAUUGCGCCCGCAGUAUUAAUCAACACGCGAUGCAGCACGCAGAGGAGUACGAACAUCCCAUCACACUCAGCUUCAGCGAUAUUUCCGUCUGGUGUUACGGUUGCGAAGCUUAUAUUGAUAAUCCUCGAUUAUAUGCGGCAAGGAACGCAGCUCAUCAAAGCAAGUUCAAUGAAGAGCUUCCCUGGACUUAUAACGAGAGUAGAGUAUAAGCACACCAUAAACAAUAAAAAAAAAUUUUAAUAAAUCAAUAAAGAAUACAUGUCUUUUGGGAUUGGUUUUUUUUUAAACUUGAUGAUAAAAAUUAGAAAGAAAGUGGUUAAUAAAUAAGCUGGUCUAAAAAUAAUAAAUAUCAUAAAACAAUAUUGCAAUAUAAUUAAAGUCUAUAUAUAGAUGGUUAAUAUCAAUUAUUUUUGCUUCUAUAAUUUUAACAAUUAAAUCAAAAACUUAAGAACAUAAAAGUUAAUUUUAUUAUUUUAUUAAUUGCAAUGCUCAAUUUACUGAAAUAGAAUACGUGUAUUACACUAUAAGAAAACAAAUAACAAUUUCUUAUAAAUUAACCUAUUACAAAGAAAGGAAAAAGAAUACGAAGGGAAACAUACCACAACUAAUGGGAAUAAUCAAACUAUGACAAUGUUAAUAAUGUACUGAAAUAAUUUAUUAUUAACAUCUCAGUAGAAAUUGUUAGUUGUAUUGAACUACAAAUACCUCAUACUGACUUGAUUGUAGAAUUGUACAUAGUGUUCCGAAAAAAGUUCAACGCUCAGUAAGAUAAUAACAAAAAUUCCGAAGAAUCUAUUAUUUUCAUAAUUGAUUUACGAUUAUAUUUCUUUACUGAAAAUUUUUCGGUACACUAUGUAUGUUAUAUUUUUCUAUAUAUGUAUAAGUAUACAGAUAUAUUUUGUCUCUACGAGAGAAUAAUCGCUACUAAUAGAUUUACUAAACUUAUUCACCUGACAGAAUACGUGGAAUAACAAUAAUAAAGCUAAGAUCAUAUAAAUUAUAUCAGAAAAAAAUUAAAUUUAUAUUAAUAUAUAAUUUGUAUAAUUUUCCAAUGUCAACUUCUCCCAAAAAUGUUUAUUUCAAUUUUAAAUGUUAAUUUGCAGAGGAAGAGAGGGGAAGGCAGUAGGAGAAAGUUUCUUCUGUUACUUUUUCAUUUUUUAUUUAUGCGCCUUUAAUCUUUUCACACAUAAUGAUAAUAAUUAGUUUUUCUAUAGGAGAAUCACAGAUUCAGAGAUGCUUAGAUAUCUAUUUUAUUAAAUAUUUUAUAAAAACUCUAGAAUUGAAAAAAAAAAA